GGUGGUCUCUCUUUCUCUCUCUCUCACCUUCUUUGCUUUCUCACUAAUCACUAUAAAUAAAAUCUUCACUCUGUCCUUCCACCACACAAUUCAAUACCAUUUAUCAACUCACUCAUCAAUCUCGUUUGUUCUCACUAACUAUUACUUCAUCAUGUCGUCGAGCACAGUUGGUCAAGUCAUCAAAUGCAAAGCUGCGGUUUCAUGGGAGGCAGGGAAGCCACUUGUGAUUGAAGAAGUAGAGGUGGCACCACCACAAGCUGGUGAAGUGCGUUUGAAGAUCCUCUACACCUCUCUUUGCCACACUGAUGUUUACUUCUGGGAAGCCAAGGGCCAAACUCCAUUGUUUCCUCGUAUAUUUGGUCAUGAAGCUGGAGGGAUUGUGGAGAGCGUAGGUGAGGGUGUGACUCAUCUCAAACCAGGGGACCAUGCCCUCCCAGUGUUUACCGGGGAGUGUGGAGAAUGCCCUCAUUGCAAGUCAGAGGAGAGCAACAUGUGUGAUCUUCUCAGGAUCAACACUGAUAGGGGUGUCAUGAUCCAUGACAGCCAAACAAGAUUUUCUAUAAAGGGACAACCUAUUUACCAUUUUGUUGGUACCUCCACAUUCAGUGAAUACACUGUUGUUCAUGCCGGAUGUGUUGCCAAAGUCAACCCUGCUGCCCCACUUGACAAAAUUUGUGUUCUCAGUUGUGGAAUUUGCACAGGUCUUGGGGCUACUAUCAAUGUUGCAAAACCAAAACCUGGUUCUUCUGUUGCCAUUUUUGGACUUGGAGCUGUUGGCCUUGCUGCUGCUGAAGGGGCAAGGAUUUCUGGUGCAUCAAGAAUUAUUGGGGUUGAUUUAGUUUCUAGCAGAUUUGAAGAAGCUAAGAAGUUUGGGGUCAAUGAAUUUGUGAACCCAAAAGACCAUGACAAGCCUGUACAAGAGGUGAUUGCUGCAAUGACGAAUGGGGGUGUGGAUCGUGCUGUUGAAUGUACUGGCAGCAUCCAAGCCAUGAUCUCGGCAUUCGAAUGCGUCCACGAUGGUUGGGGUGUUGCUGUACUUGUUGGAGUGCCAAACAAAGAUGAUGCAUUCAAAACUCAUCCAGUGAAUUUCUUGAACGAGAGAACUCUAAAGGGUACCUUCUACGGAAACUACAAACCCCGCACUGAUCUUCCUUCUGUUGUGGAGAAGUACAUGAAUGGGGAAUUGGAACUGGAGAAAUUCAUCACUCACACAGUUCCAUUCUCAGAGAUUAACAAGGCUUUUGAUUACAUGCUGAAAGGGGAGUCCAUCAGAUGCAUCAUUCGAAUGGGGGAGUAAAUCUAUAUCAGACCAAUGAUGACAUGACAUGGUCCCUGUUGGGGGACUGAGUUCUCUUUCUGGUUGUGAAAAGAAGAAAAUAAAUUUCAUAUAUGAUAUAUAUCCCUUUAGGAUUAUUGAAUUUGUGAAAACUUGUGAGUUUGAGUGUAGAGAAUGAUAGGGCCUUUGCUGCUGUUAUUGUCUAAUGCAUGAUAAAUAAAAUGUCGUUUUUUUGUCGAUUUGUUGUUCUUAUGGUAAUUUAAGUGACAGAUAUGUAGUACCACAAUUGUUCAACGCAUGUCCAAUGGUGUGGGGUUUUGGUAAAAAAAAAAAGUCACGUUCAAAUGGCUUGAACUUUAUUGGAUUUA